UCUCGCUGGCCAGUGAUGUGUGCGUUUCUGCACAUUUGUCUCUUUCGAAAUACAUCCGAGAAACACGAAAACCUAGUACAUUUUGAGUUACGUUUUUACUUCGCUGCACGAGGUUAAGCUAAGUUUAUGUAUUUGAGCUAGUGUUUGUGACAGUGCCAUGGACCCUCUUGGAGUGACAGCACCUAUUGUGGACGCUCUUUCUCUUCCAAGAUGGAGUUCCACUCCGGUUCCGGCUUAUGAAAACGCAGGAUCGCCAGCGAAUAGCGCAAGAACACAGAAUCCAUUUCCUAUUCGCCAAGACUUAAACUCUAAAGUAGCUCUUUGGUCCGGUGAUAUUACUAAACUGAAUACAAUUGCAAUAGUAAACACAACAAAUGAAUCUCUUAGUAACAGAGGAGUGUUAAGUGAAAGAAUCCAUCGUUUAGCUGGCCCGGAACUGUUACAGGAAUGUAAAACACAAUUACUUGGUUGUAGGACUGGAGAAGCUAAAAUAUCAAAAGGCUACAAUCUGCCAGCAAGAUAUGUUAUUCAUACUGUUGGUCCUCGAUACAAUGUCAAAUACAAGACUGCAGCAGAAAGUGCUCUCUACUCUUCUUACAGGAGUGUUAUGAAGAUUGUGAGGGAGUCACGAAUUGCAUCAGUUGGUCUUUGUGUAAUAAACACUUCAAGACGAGGGUAUCCCCCUGAGGAUGGUGCUCACAUUGCUUUGCGGACUGUCCGACGAUUUCUAGAAAAGUUUGCAGAUAUCGAACUUGUUGUUUUUGCUGUUGAAAAUGCUGAUGAGGCCAUUUACAGGAAGGUCAUGCCUCUCUACUUUCCUAGAAACAAGGAGGAGGAGGACUUCGCACUGAAUGAACUCCCUGAUGAUAUUGGAAAUGAGAAUGGUGAGCCAGUGAUUGCUGAAAGACAAAUCAGGAUCAUGGAUAAACCACUGGGACAAAGAGACUUUGACGAUGAUGAUGAAGUAGAAGAAGCUGAAGAAGCUGGUGCUGUUCACAUGUUGGAUUCAUCUACUAUUGGAAAACAUUCCUUCACAGCAAUGGCAGGAGAUCAUGACCAGCUAACAAGACAACGAUUACAAAGAUCCCCCAAUGAACUGCAUGCCGUUCAGCAUGAGAGAGUGUAUCAGAGAUGGUUACGACGAGCUAGGACAGAGGACUUGUCAAGUCUUGUCAGACUUAAGAUGGUAUACCAGUCAGGUGUAGAUUUCCUAGGCAGACCUGUUGUAGUAUUUGUUGGUCGGCAUUUUCAAGCAAGAAAUGUCGACUUGAACAAGGCAGUGGCAUAUUUUAUCUAUGUGUUGGACAAGAUUGUUAACAGAGAUUACGUUAUCGUGUACUUGCAUACGCUAAGUUCCGAGGAAAAUCAGCCUCCUCUGUCUUUCUUGAAGGACAUAUAUCACCUGGUGGAUAACAAGUAUCGACGUAACCUGAAGGCAUUCUAUAUAGUGCACCCCACCCUCUGGGCGAGAAUUGUCACAUGGUUCUUCACGACUUUCACUGCUUCGUCUAUUAAAGAGAAAGUACACUUUCUGUCUGGCAUUCAAUACCUGUAUGACUGGAUUGACCCAGAUCAACUGGAAAUACCGGCUUUUGUUUUGGAGUAUGACAUGAAGGAAAAUGGCAAUAAUUACCACACUCCAGCCAGUACGUACCGCACAGGAAGUCUAUAAGGAAACGUUAAAAGAUAUUAAGUGGCAAAUCUACCUGUGACUGUUGGCGAUUGUUUGAAUGGUUGUUUGGAAGACAAGUUGCAGCACAGUGCUACCUGAAACACAAAAUAUCAGUAUUUAUUCAGUUGAUGGUUAACUGAAUGGUAACUAUCUGUUAUUCCCCCUUAAAUAUCAAUGGAAUUUUCAAAUGGGAGAUUUGGAGUUGAUAGAACUUGUUUUAAUUUUUUAGGAAAUACAGUCUAUUAGUCGUAGUGCAAAUUAAACAUGUUAAUACAGAAAAACAAAAUGGGAAUUUCCUCCCAAACAUUGAGAGCCGAAAUGUUGAGUUCAUUUCUAAGUCGAGAUUUUUUCAGUUUUGCCUGUUUCUUUGCUUAAUUUGUGUGUUAAAUGUUUUGUUUAACCACAUGCAAUUGAUGUCAGGUUAAUGCAGUAUUGCGAGGAAAACGUUGACAUACCAUUUAUUAAAGCUUGAUUAAAAAAAAAAACAAGUGAACAUUGGCGGAUGUUAUUUUCAACAGGUUCAAGGUGUUGAGACACUAAUAAUUAUUGUAUUUGUUCGGAGUAAGAAUCGUAAAGAAGUUUGAUCGUUUUCGUCCAUUGACUCUCUCUAAAUAUAGUUUAGUGUGUACUGAAUUUCCGUUUUCUAUAAAUGAUCCAUAGUUCAGUUACAGAAUGUAGUUGUAGUUGUAUGCAGUGCUUGUAGCGUAAGAAAUUUCCACAGAAAAAGACGACAAGGAACUGUACUAUAAAUAUAUAAAGAGCAAUAAAGCUAUUUUUAUAAAUCGAGA